ACGAACAUUCGACUUCCACGUCCGAGUACCGCCGCCGCGGCAACUUUUUACAAACAGUGCCGGUCGUGGGCAGUCCAGUAGGUAGUCGAAACUUCACGCUCGUCGCUAUUUGCUCGACGUGUGGUCCAAUCGGCAAUAAUUUCCGUUAGUGUCGGGGUCGUCGCGAUUACUAUACAACAAUAAUAUUCUAUAAUUAUAAUGGUCGUCGAGUGGAGUGCGGCGUCCUGGCCAGCAGCGGUUAUCCAGGUGUCCGUGGCCGUCGCGGCCGUCACUGUUCUGCUGGGCUACGCGUACUCGACGUACCACUACGGCAAGUGGAAACGUCUCGGGGUGCCGCAUGCCGGCGAGCCGACACCGUUGCUCGGUCACCUGGCCGACACCAUCAUGGGCCGCAUGGCACUCGUCAAUCUGGUGCACGCGUUUUACGGCCAGUUCGACGGGUGCCGGUAUUUCGGGAUUUACGAGGCGCGCAAGCCUUUGCUGGUGCUCCGCGACCCCGAGCUGGUGCACAGCACAUUGGUCGGGGACUUUACACAUUUUUACGACCGAAACGCAAAUAAGGUGUCGUUUAAGCACGACAAGCUGUUCGAUCACCUGGUGAACCUUCGGGGCGAACAGUGGAAAGCGGUCAGAGCUAAACUCAGCCCCACGUUCUCGUCCGCCAAGCUCAAGUCCAUGGUAGGCGACAUGAACGAGUGCACGGAACGGCUAAUUGAAAACCUGAACGGGCAGAUAACGAGCAAUAACGGUGUGUGUAUAAUAAUAGACGUUACCUAUUCUUCGUUAUAGAUCAUGAACUACACGGUCAGGGUCGGAUCAAACAUUUUUUAUUAACAAAAUAUGAAAUUGGUGUCAUUUUAAUAGAUAUGGGGUA